CGUUUCUCAAACGAUUCUUUGAGCUUGUCGAGAGAAGAGGUGCGUAUUGGUUUUUAGUGGGAGAAAAAAAGUUCGCGUUCAAUUUCAAAGCAAAAUUAACAGUCUGUUUUCUUUUGAGGCCCUCUUUCAAAAGAUUACUCGCUGUGUGUUAACUAUUGUCAAGACGCAAAAUUUUCCAUGUGCUUGAAAACGACGACAGUCAGUGUGAUGCAUGUAAGCAAGAAGAUUAUGGAGGUUGAAAACGUCGUCUUUAAGCCACAAAAACGGAAGAAACUACGAAGAAUGAAGAAACGAAAGUACUGUGCCCUAUUUGGCGUCGACAGAGCGGGUGAUAACGAGAUACCUGUGAAGCAGAGAAGAACCAAAACGGCGGCUCCCGAAAAUACAACGCAAUUCAUCAUGGCGGAUAAAGAGGUGACCGAACCUUUCUACACUAUACCUUCUCCUUCUGCUUCACCAUCAAGUCAUUGCACGAGUUCUCCGGGUUCAAUACGAGGUACACCUUUGUCGGAAAGAGACAUAGCUUUCGAUUCCGCUGAAGAAGACCUCGUUCGCGAUUUUGAAGAACUUGAUUUCGAUCUGGACUACUUCCAAAAAGAUUACGAAGCAACUUACAACCGCAUACAGGAAGAAAGCCUGCUGUCGCUGUCUAAAAGUGAACUUGUUAGUAGGUAUAGAGAACUAGAAGGAAAAGAAGAAAUUCUACAGAAACGUUGCGAUGAACUAGCGAAAGAGGAGUCAGUUUCUCGCUUUCCCGCGCUCGCGGAAAAAUCCGCUGACGAAGACACUUUGCUUUUACAUCUGGAAAAGUUACAACGGGAAAACGAAUCAUUGGCGGAAGAAAACUCGAGGUUAAAGGCUCUAAAAUGUUCUACAAUAGGGCUUGCUCGCCUCUCGUAGUUUGUAACGAAAGUAUAUAUAUGGAAUUGCAUCUUCAUAGUCGAAUAUGAUGAAAUCAACGUGGAAUUCGAGACAUCUUAUUGAAAAGUUAAGCUUAGUUGCAGACGUUGCUAUUUCGAUUUCUUAAAGCGGUCUUUUAGUUUCGUUUGUGCAGUUGACUUUGGUUAAUUUUAGAUUUUAUGUACAAGCAACCAUUCUCGAUAUUUAGGGUAUUCUAAAAAAGGCUUUGCGCAGCAUUGAUUUAGACGAUGAGUUGGCAGAGGUCUAAUAUUUUAUUCAUGGUGACGCAGUAAAAUGGCCAAGUUGGUUUAGCGUAGGAGUAUUGUACGUUGAAACUGCGGGAUUUGAGGUUUCACUCUUAUGUAGAAUUUGUUAUUUAGAGCAAAGUAUAUUUUAAUUUGGUUUGCAGAAGCAAUCAACUUUUUUCCAUAUAACCUUCACUCCGGCUCUAGUUUAGUUUUUUUCUGUUACAUUUGCCCUGUUGUAACUUGAAACUAAGAACUUGGAAUUUAAAACUGAGAGGAAAUUGAGCUAAGGCUAGGAUAGGAUGUAAACCUUAGUUUUAUUUACCUGCUUGUUCUUAAAGGUACUGUUAAGCAAAUGUAUACAAGGGUGGACUAAAGCUGUCAGUUUUCCACCCUGUGAUUUAGGUGAUCUGUGGUGACACUUGGUUUUGAAUGAUACCAGUGGCAUUGCCUGGGGAUUACACCACACACUUGUCCAAGACAGCUGAUGCUACCCUGAAACAAGCUGAGUGGUGGUGGUGGAUGGACACUGGAGUAUCCAUUAACAACACCUGCUGCUCAGAAUCAGCUAAGUAUGGUCCGAUGCUCUUCUCAUUGUAAUUGCUAUUUUCACUUGGUGGGUUGGUGGUAAUGAAGGCAAGCCAAUUUUAACUGGAUGGUAACUUCAUACAGUGUCUACAAAUUUAGACACUUUUGGGAUGAUGAUUUUUUUUCCUCUUCCAAAUGAAAUUAUUGCCAUUGCCUCUGUCUUUGUUGUUGUUGAAUUGAGCCCCUCAUUUCAUCCUCCUACAGUUAACACUUGACUGUCUAACUAGCCUCUUCACUAAAACUUCAUGGCUAUUAAAAUCUUAUUUGUUAAAUUGGAAAUGCCACCUUAAUACCUUUGUGCCAUACAACCAUUCUACUGAGGUCAACAUGCCUCAUCAAAAGAAUGAUUUGGGGCUACGUGGGGGGUGUUACUCUGUAAUUUGCUUAAUCCAUUCUAUUUCAGAACUGGAAUAACAGAUUAUGGAUGUGUAGAUUGGCGAGCCUGUGAUUGUGCCCCCUCUCCUUGUGUAAAAAAAAAAUUGGGAUCACAAGUUACAGAUUGGCAAGAGUGCUAGUUUGGUGCUAACUUUUUGUGUAUUCUGGGUUUGAAUUUGGUUAAUAAAGUGUUUUUUAAGACCUUGA